AUUCACCAAACCUGCUCGUAAUCGCCCUCGCCAGCAUGCUCGUCCCUAACCUCCCUCUCUCUCUCUUGCUUACUCGGAACCUCCAGGUGAUUACUCUCUCUCUGUUACGCACUCAACUCCUUUUUUUCCCAGCUUGACCUUGCGUUCCCUGGUUACUUACCUCUUACCCGCAACGGGCAGGUUGGCAAUACCUAGGUAUAUUAGUAUCCUGUAUGCAUCGAUCAGACCUCGGGUAUACCUACCUGAGGUACGCGCAUAGCCGCAUCGAUUCUAUUAUUUCCACGUUGCCCAUAUUCGCAGGCGAACUCUCCGUACCUACACAUACAUAACACCCCUAACCUCCUCGACCACGUCGAAUCACACAACUCAAGAGGCAGAAUGGGUAGCAUUGGAUGUCCGUCUAGUCUCAUCCGUUGCACAAUAGGCCCAUUGUCUCGUAGGAUGUACUCAUAUGGAUGUACACACAUAGGUAGGUAGGUACCCAUCUAUGUCUGUACAUGUGCUGUGUACCCUUUUUCCCCCUUCCCCUGGCCUCCCUCCCCCCUAUUUUGUUAAUCCCUCUGCUACCUACCUGUCAAUGAGGUUGAUAAGGUACAUUCUCUCACCUCUUAAUUACCUAUACCUCCUGGACACGUAUGUAUAUUUCCUCCCUUUUCCCAGCUCAUGCACCUCGCUAUCGCUAUCGCCAUAUGCGUACGGUCUGCUACCUACCUGCCUACCUACCUCCAAUGUGUGUAUAUGCCUAUGCAUUCAACCUCUCUCGCUCUCUUAUCUCUCCGUCUUUCUGUUCCUCACCCUCGCCCUCUCACCCUCGCGCGCUCUCUCGCCUGAUUUAAGAUCACGACAGCACACCACAUGUCCCCCCCCUCUCCCCCCAGCUGGCAAAGUGUCGAGACUCCCCGUGCUCGACCGCUCUUCUCCCCACCUUUUGCUGCCGCGUCUACUGUCUGUUGAUUCUAGCUGCCGUUUUCCCACUCCAGGCUUAUCACGCCACGUCCGAAUACCACCAGUCUGUAUCGAUCAUGGGUCUGUAGCAUCUCCCUCUUCGCCGCGCUCGCUACCCUCGCCGCCACAAUCCGCCACCAUCACUAGGUUAAGGAACUCGGCCCCCAACGCUCCUGUGAGGGGGAAAAAAAGGGAUCACUAUGAUUCUUUAUGCGAAGGCUACCAUCCGUUUUUAGCGACCGACCUGUCGCCCUGUAUGACCUGAACCGACCCCGUGCCGAAAAUGCGGGGCUGGACAAGCGUAGGCCAUGGGUACAUCCAUCGAUAGACGCGGGAUUUCAGAGUCGAAGCCGUCGGCCUCGUAAUGUACCAAGUAUGGACCCUAUGGUCAGCUCCCAGAGCGUGACUCGUUGGGCGCAUCCAGCCUAGGAAACCCCUAUUCAUCCUCGCUCUCCUCUUCGUCGUCACCCUCCUUCGCCUCGGUAGCCUUCUUAGCAGGCUUCUUCUUCUUCUUGUUCUUGCCUUUCGCCUUAGUCUUGCUCAAAGGUUGUUCUAAUAUCUUCAGAAUCUCCUCGUCCACGAUCUUCUUGUCCGACUGGAACUUGCUAAGAUCUAACGCUGGUGGAGCCCCGAGUUUAGAAAUUCCGUUCUUCGUGAUGGCGACGGUAGUUAGGAGUCUAGCUACGGGGGCGCCGUCCUUGUCGCCGACCAACUCGUACUGACGCAGGACGUUUUGACGAACACCCUCGUGCACCCCAACCUUGUACUUGGUCUCACCUCCCUCUUCCUCAAGCUGUCUUAAGCUGAAGGGGAAGUGGCCAAAUUUAUUCUGGAUGGUGGACAAGGUCUUCCGCGCCGUCUGUGACUUUAGGAUAUAUGUAUUGGUCGUUCGACGGUGUAGAGUUGAUCGCUGCUCGGGC